UAUCUCAGAAGUAAGCCUGAGCGGCACAAGGAAGAACUAGUCUGACAAAACAGAUGGAGGUUGUGUUCUCUGGGGACUGGGCUGUGUGCUCCUCCGAUCGGUGAGCAGCAGAUGAGUUCCCAAGGCCAGGAGGCUGAGGAGAGAAGCCGAGGUCAGCUACCAGUGCCUGGCUGCAGCAGGGGGAGAGCUGGGCUCUGGGACCCCUUUGCCGCUAUGGCAGAAGGCACAGUGCCGGAUUCAAGGUGACGGCAGUGCCGGCUCCAUUCUCCUCAAGUUGCCAUAGCAGCCUCUCUCCCGAGCAGCUUCUCCUGGAGCCCUCAGCUGGGAGGGACGUCAUUGUUAGCGCCUGCCCGUGUGAGGAGGAGACAGACGGACAGAGAACUUUCCCGGGCCCAAGGCCUGCUGACCACGUGGGUGCACCCAGCUGCUUGGAGCAAGCAUGUGGAGGGUGGCUCCCCACAGUCAGAGGGUCCUCUGGGUGACUGGGGUGAGUGUCCAGGCCUUGGAGCAGCCACAGCUGAACGUGUCCUUGGAGCCGUCCGUGCAUCCGGCUGUCGCCACUGGAGGUCACACCCUGAUGGAUGCCUGGUGUGGACGAUGAGGGAAGAACGCACCUCUCACACCAGAGAGGUAACCUUGGAGUGCACCCUGGAUGACCUUGCGACCUGGAACAAUGCGGCUGGCCUUCAUGUUCUCAUCCAUCCUGCUGUUUGGAGCUGCAGGCCUCCUCCUCUUCAUCAGCCUGCAGGACCCCACAGAGCUUGCCCCCCAACAGGUGCCAGGAAUAAAGUUCAACAUCAGGCCACAGCAGCCCCACAAGGACCUCCAACCAGGUAGUUCCCAGGAUGGCAACGUAAAGGUGUCCACAGAGAAAGUCACACGAGAUUUGUCCAGCCGGGCCCCGAGGGACCUCAAACUGCGGGUGCCCGACCAGCCUCAAUUCCGUCCAAAGACUGGGACCAGUCUGCGACUCCGGCAGCGGCGUCGGCGGCUGCUCAUCAAAAAGAUGCCAGCUGCAGUGGCCAUGGUGGCCAACAGCUCGUCCGAGACCUUUGUCCCCCCACCCUGGACCCCGGACAGCCACUGGGUCAGCCUGCGCCAGAGUCAGCAGGAGCGCAAGCGGGUGAUGCGGGAGGCCUGUGCCAAGUAUCGGGCGAGCAGCAGCCGCAGGGCCGUCACGCCCCGCCACGUGUCGCGCAUCUUCGUGGAGGACCGCCACCGCGUGCUCUACUGCGAGGUGCCCAAGGCGGGCUGCUCCAACUGGAAGCGGGUGCUCAUGGUGCUGGCCGGGCUGGCCUCGUCCACGGCGGACAUACAGCACAACACAGUCCACUACAGCAGCGCCCUCAAGCGGCUGGACACCUUCGACCGCCAGGGCAUCCUGCACCGCCUGGGCACCUACACCAAGAUGCUCUUCGUGCGCGAGCCCUUCGAGAGGCUGGUCUCGGCUUUCCGUGACAAGUUCGAGCACCCGAACAGCUACUACCACCCCGUCUUUGGCAAGGCCAUCCUGGCCCGGUACCGGGCGAACGCCUCGCGGGAGGCGCUGCGGACGGGCUCCGGCGUGCGCUUCCCCGAGUUCGUCCAGUACCUGCUGGACGUGCACCGGCCCGUGGGCAUGGACAUCCACUGGGACCACGUCAGCCGGCUGUGCAGCCCCUGCCUCAUCGACUAUGACUUUGUGGGCAAGUUCGAGAGCAUGGAGGACGACGCCAACUUCUUUCUGAGCCUCAUCCGAGCACCGCGCAACCUGACCUUCCCGCGGUUCAAGGACCGGCACUCGCAGGAGGCGCGCACGACCUCGAGGAUCACCCACCAGUACUUCGCGCAGCUCUCCGCCCUGCAGCGGCAGCGCACCUACGACUUCUACUACAUGGACUACCUGAUGUUCAACUACUCCAAGCCCUUCGCGGACCUGUACUGAGUGAGGGGUGGGGCUUGCAGGCGAGGACGCCCCACCCCGACCCGCGCGCCUGCGCACGACCAGCUUUCUCUCCAGUGCUCGAGCCGAGCUGAGACCCGGACAACUGGGCGCUGAGGAUGUCGGGAGCCCUGGCUUUGGGGCUCAGCUGACUCAGGAUGGGGGACAGGGGCCUUGGAUGGGGACCCUGGCCCUUGUCCCAUACCCACUUCCUCACUCCUUGGCCGAGGGAGGUGUGAGGACUUGGAUGCCCCGGGAGCUCCGCUAAGAGCUGCGAUGACCAGGGAAGCCUGAGGCCCCAGGGACAAGGGCCCCAGCAGAAAGGGAUGUCCUGCAGUCCCUUAGCCUUUGCCUUGUACAAACCACGUGGUUUGCAGUUUUUCUAAGACCUAGGGGGAGGUUCUGAAUAAAGCACUUGGUUUUCG